UGGCAGGGAGCGCAGGUAAUACACAUCACUAGCCAUCUGAGUGCAAACUUUGGUCGUAGAGGAGCUCAUCUCAAAGCAUCGCCAUUGUCAUCAUCAUCAUGGCCACCGUAGGUUCUGUCCUGCUGCCACUGGCUGUGGUCUUUGCCCUCACAGCCCCCAGUCAUUGCUUCCGACCACUGACCGCCGGGGAGUCCUUUACUCACCGCAGCAUCACCGAAAGGGCACUUCUCAGAAAGACGGCUGAAGUCUGUCAAGCCAUUGCUGCUGAAAAUGGAGAUGCCUUCAAUCUGAUUAUUGAUGACAGUGUGACCCCUGAACAAGUAGUCGAGGCGUGCUCCCCGUCAGCCAGCGUUGUCUCCAGUGUUGCCCUCACUAACGCCAUUGCCGAAAUUUACCUAAGCAACGCCAAUGUGGAUUUUCUGUUUGCAAUCAAUGCCGAAUACCAUUUUUACGACGAGACCUUCGAGAUGGGACGGACCUUGAUCACACAAGGUGUGUCUGCUGUCAAGGCCAGUGCGGACAUGGGAAACUUCGUCAUAGCACGCUCUGUUCUUGGUGAAGUACUUCACACUUUGCAGGACUUCUACAGCCACAGUAACUGGGUGGAGUUGGGGAACAUGGCUCCUUACGACGCCUUGAUCACACCUGCCCUACCUCUUGAAAGUCUAGCUGGCCCAACUGUUCCAACUUGUACAAGCUGUGUAGGUGACGACUGUACCGACAACAUUUUGCCUGCUGUGCUGGAUGGGGGCCUUCUCACAUCCGGUUACUUUGACAGAUUCUUCCCAAAUAAGCCAGAAGGUAAAUGCAGCCAUGGAGGUCCUCUAGACUUGACAAGCACACAGGAACCAGUGGGAGGCAUCAACAAGGACACCUUCGACUCCAGGCAUGGCUUCCUCCACCAAGAAGCAGCUGAUUUGGCUCUGACAGCUAGUUUGGAUCUCCUGGAGAACAUCAGAAUAUCUGUAGGAGACCAGGAAUUUCUACUGCUGGUAGGCCUCUCUUUUGCCCCUGUGCUAUGUUUUGUCAUCGACACAACAGGCAGUAUGGGUCCGGAAAUAGCUGAAGUGAGGAGAGUUUCCAAUAACAUCGUCGCAAGUCGAUUGGACACUGGUCUGGAACCUCCAUUCUACAUACUGGUUCCUUUCAAUGAUCCAGAUUUUGGACCUGUGCUACAGACGACCGAUGCAACUUUUUUUAUGGAGCAAAUCAAUUCGCUGACUGUCUCUGGAGGAGGUGACCUUCCAGAGUUGAGCUUGUCUGGAUUGCAGCUUGCCCUAACUGCGGCCCCGCGCUUUUCUGACAUCUUUCUCUUCACUGAUGCUCCAGCAAAAGAUGCUGACCUAAGAAACAUCAUCCUUGCCCUUAUAGAGAGCACCAGGUCUUCGGUGACGUUCCUGCUAACAGACGUCCUUAAUCGAAGGAGAAAAAGAGACCUUCUAGGUGUGGCACCCAGGACUGUGACUCAAACACAGGCUGAGUUGUACCGGGAAAUUGCCUUGGCCUCUGGAGGUCUGACCAUCGAAGUCCCUAACUCGGAUCUCUCAAUGGUUACGAUUGUUAUAGAGGAUUCCAUAGCCAUCGCCGUGGUGACUGUUUUUCAAGAUGUGAAGAAUCCCGGAGCGCCCUGUAAUUUCUCAUUUUUCAUCGAUGACACACUAAGCAACAUAACUAUCCUCCUCACAGGAGCGCCAUCUCUCAACUUCACCCUCCGCAGCCCCACCGGUGCAACUCAGACCUCCAGUGGGGUCACUGAACCUCUGGCAUCUUUCAGCUUGGCAAGUAACCUCAGACGACUGAGGCUCAACAACGAUAGUGAGACCGGACUGUGGGAAAUCAGUGUGAACUCCACCGAUCCCUACUCUGUAAAGGUCAUAGGUCAAAGUUCAUUGGACUUCAUCUACAACCUCGUGGAAGUCAAGGAUGGAGCCUCCACAGACUUCUUUCCGCAAGAAGGCCGACCUAUUUCAGGCGGUAACGUCAGCCUCUUGGUCACACUGACAAGAAGUGACGGUGUAAGUGUCACACAGGUCACACUGUUAAACACCUUGGACGGAACAGAGGUCAACGGGACAUUGCAGCCAAUAACAAAUUCAACCUUCGUGGUGACGUUCAGUAACAUUACAGAAGGUACUUAUGUGGUUCUACUGAGGGGAGAAACAAGCAGCUUAACGUCAAGGAUGGCGUCAGGCAGCUUCCAGAGACAGGCCCCCACUCGAAUCACAACUUCCAACAUUGUUGUCAAUGCUCUACCUAACACCACCAUCAUAGAAGCUGGCUCUUCCGUCACCAUCCCCUUCACUGUCGCCCUGACCAAUGGUGGCGUCAUAGACAGUGGCGCAAUGGAGACGUUCACGGUGAGCGCCACCAACGACCGUGGCUUCUCCCUAGCAUCGCCCAGCAGUGUUACCACAGGAGCCGACAGCGGCGGGAUUGCCAGCGGCACGGUGACUCUCAUCGCUCCUGCAGAUGCGUUGUCGGGAACGGACGUGACGCUCACCAUUGCGGCGGAGGACGCAGCUGCCGUCAAUAGUAACAAUGUCGUACUUAGGUUUUCUGUGUUCAGGGUGACAGAUAUCGCUCCGCCAGUGUGCCUGGCUAAUACAUCCAGCGGCUGUCCUGCAAAUGAAUCACUCUGCAAAUACUUUGUGUGGGACUUCAUGGCCAAUGUGACCGACGGCAUCAAUGGGACGGAUGUUGAAAUCACCGUCCUUGAAGGAAACGGCACCCUCGAGACGAGCACAGAGGUCGGGCCAGACGGCGAGAGCAUCACUGUGGUCUCCUACACGGCCUCCUGCUGUGCAAACAGAGUGGUGUUGUCCGCUGUGGACAACGCGGGAAACGUGGGCCGUUGUGUGGGCCAGGCCGACGAGGUCGACAUCAUGCCCACCAUUAAAUGGAAUGUUGUUGCCAAAUCCAAUCAAGUUUGUUUUCGGGGCAGUAGAGUAUUUGUUGCUGAAUAGACUGAUUGGGGUAAACAUGGGGGGAGGUGGUGGAUAAAAAAGGCAACCCCCAAACUAAGGUCCUCUUAGUCCUCAGUUUGAUACUAGAUGAAAACCUCAAGCGUUAGAAUCACAUACGAGCAUAUAACAGCAUACAAACUUGGAGGGGGCAGAGUAUGCGGGGGUGUUAUCCAGCCUGAAACUGCAGCCA